GUUUGGGGUGUUAGUGUUGGUGACAUGCAAUUCAUUCGUAAGUAAGACGGCUCGAACUUGUGCCAUAUAUUCCGCAAGGCAGGCUUUUUCAGUAGAAGAGAACCGCAGCAAGGUUGAUGGGACACACUGUUAGCUAUAUUGGAUGGAUGUAUCGGUCUCCACUUUCGGGUGGCUUCUGGACCGUCUGAUCCGUGUGCGUUCCUCUGCACACAGACGGGACCUUCCAGGAGCCACGCGCAAACAGUGGAGACCAAUGCAUCACACGCAGAGCAAACGAAAACUAUAACCACCGUGUGUCGCGUCCCCCACCUCAACUAACUGUACAGGCAUCACAUCACAUGCACACCCACACGCACAUGCGUAUCUAUACAGCCCCCGCCCCUAUGAUGAGGGGGGGAUCUCCUCUCAGCACUCGCGAGAGACACCACACCACACCACAGAUACACACACCAGCCCUUGCCCCCCUCACUCCCCUCCCCUCCAAGCUUGAUCAAAUCAAACCACCACCACUUUGAUGAUCUCCUUGGCAAUCGCCAACGCCACGACCAUCACCAGCAACACGGUGCCCUGACACAUGUAUGGGAACAUGACAUGACACACGAUGCAAUGCACUCAUUCCGUUGUCCGAAUUAUUGACAUCUGCGCUCCCUCCACUCACCAGCCAUUGCAGCACUCUGAACAACCGCCUGUCGAUCCGUCCGCCCCUCCCAGCACUGGCACGGCCUGCAACACGGCCACCCGCACCCACACCCACAUCCACACCAACAUCUACCCUCACAGCCACCGCUCCCCCAUCGCCAGCCGGCGGCACCGCACUGCGAUGCCGAUGAUACCCACCGUUCUCAAGGCUGUCAUACGCCAGCGACGGCGCCUCACCCAGUUGGAUGCCCGUGUCUGCUUCAGUGUCGCUGUCGUUGUCAGCUGUCGGCGCGUGAAGGGGCACGGGUGUGUAGUGGAGGGGGCCGAUGAGCAGGAGGUGCCAGAACUUGUGGCCGUCCAGGGGCAGCGUAGAGGGGAGGGCGUUGAUCACCGCCAGGAACAGAGAGAUGGAUAUCAGCAGCCUACAGUGUAGGCCAUCCCAUGCACACGAGACAUGAGAGUAAUGAGAUGUGGACGGACGGACGGUUUCGUGGUGCUGUUGUGUUACCCACCAUGAGAACCCCAGCAGUAUGCGCGAGAUCCACCAGAAGAAGGGCGACCUCGCGAGUGCCGCAAUGUGGGGCGCUGAGUAGGACAGCGGGCCUACUGCGUGUAGGAAGUCCUCAAAGGAGCCUGACAAGACCAGACCAACCCAACAACACCACACCACACCCAAUGCAUUGCAGCCAUGACCCCUCCCCCCCUCCCCCACCGCUCAUGUCAUGGUCAUGCACCUCCCUCACCUACCUGUAUAGACGAAGGUCAUCCUGUCUGUCUGCACAGCGAUGAGCUGGCUGUAAUCGGCCCCGUCCAGACGGCAAGCCACACGCCCCUCCCUCCCCUCACAUGGCGACCACGGCCAUUCCUCGCCGACAUUUGGCGCCGCUGCUGGUGCUGCUGGGUAGACCUGCCAGUCUUUCAGCAGCUGGGCCGCAUCGGUUGGUGCCAGGCACAACACAUCACCAUCACCGGCCACCGUCGCGUUGGCCUCUGCUGCAGCACUGGUGGCAUUUCCGUCGACGACGCGGCGGAAGCACACACUUGACCCAUCCUCGCCCUCUCCCUGCUGGUGGCCAUCGACAGGCUUCUUCCCGGGAGCCCUUAGAUGAGCGUGGCCGCCCUCGUCGCUUGCUGGCACAUCCGGGGAAAGAGCGGCAUCGUCACUGCUGCCGCCGCUGUGCUGCGAUGUGUUCACUGCUGCUGCUGGUGGUGUGUGUGUGAACAUGUGGACUGGAAGGCAGUAGGUGUUAGUCUGGGAUGCGGCUGGGGGCAUGUGUGUGGAGAGGGCGUCGAGAAGGAAGGCGUUGGUGCUGAUGAAGGGGUCCCACCCGUGAGAGGCCACCAGCUGCUCACGCUCCAGGGACACACCGCCGAUGGCUCGGAUCUGGUCGCCCGCCGACACAGUGCCCCGCACCGGCGAUUGCUGCACGACUCACGAGGGCGCACACACAUUCACACAUGAUGAAGGAACAGGCUUGACUGACUCACCGGAUGGACAUAUGUCACAAUGGGUAAGGCUGCUGGCCGGAAGAAGAGUCCCCAGCCGUGUGCCGGCACGGGCUGGCAACUCGCUGGCGCCGCAGGCAAGAAUCCCUGACAGACAAAUAUACAUACGCGACAGACAACGUUAGUAAUGUUUGGAGCGCCCCGCCCGCCCAAUGUGGGGAAGGGCAUGGUAUGCUGACCACGGCUGCGAUGAGGAGGACACAGGUGAGAAGACACAGAACAACAUUGUGGAAGACACCACCCGCAGUCACACGCAACUGGACGGACGAACCACAGACAGACAGACAGACAGACGAUGCGAGGGGGGCGGUGCUGUGCUGUGCUGUGCUGUUUGUGUACGGCUUUCUUUCUCCAUGUCAUCCGAUGGGUGUGUUGUGUUGUGUGUUUACCUGUGCGGGCUGCGACAUCAUACUUAGACGCUCCUUACAAGACAAGACGCACAGAGAGGGACAACCAACACAACACAGCAUCCCAUCCAUCCCACCCCACCACGCAUGCCUCUUUCACAUCUGUGGCCGUCCGUCACCUCACCUGUUCGAGCUGCACAAACGCCAAGGGAAUACCACGCUCAACACCAGCACCUGCACAACGCACACCCACACGUAAUCAAUCGGUGCCUUCCAUCAAGCUUUCUCUCCCAUCUGUCUGUCUGUCCCUGUCUGUUCGCCAUAUGUACCGAAUUUCGACGCACUGUAAGGGUCCUCGGCCAACGCAGCCGCCGCAUGACCUGACGUGACGUGAUGGCCAUUGAUGACAUGCAAUCCAAUCACCUCGUGAGAUGAGAUGUUUGCUGUGGCUUGGCUUGGGUUGUCUGUCUGCUUGCACUCUCACUCACUCACAGGCAUACCCUCCCUACCCAGCUCAUGCACGGCCAGCGCCAGAAGAGCAGCCACAAGUAACGGGAUGGUCCACCCAACAGGCAGCGUCCAGCCGGGCACCUAAACGCACACAACACAACACAGCACAGCACAGCACAGAACCAUGAUCGAUCACGAGUGACUCACGGUGACACGAGAUACGUAAACACACCAACCGCCAGAUCAGAUCAGAUCAGAUCUCACCAGUGGCGUGAGUUCGAUGGACGGUGUGGCAGCCGUGAUGCUGACUGUCGGCAUGGAGGUGGCCGUCGAGGAGAGGGCCCGUGUGGUCGUCAGCAGAUGGCCGUAGAUGAACGACAUCUGUCCAACGCUGAAGAAGGUCAGCAGGCCCAUCCCGCCUAUGGUGCACACAAAGAAUACCACAGUGCCUGAGCAGAGCAAACCACACAAGCACACAGACAGAUAGGAAGAGUGAAGAUGCAAGCAAUGGUGUGGUGUGGUGUGGUGUGUUGAUGGUGCGUGCGUCCGUACCGAGAGUGAACCAGGCCCUCCAUGCCUUCCUGCCGACUCGAGUGCAUCGCCGCACUGUGAUGAGCAGUCCCGUGGACACAAAGAGGAAUGUCCACUGUUUCAGCUUGAUGUGCCAGGCCAUUCGCAGAGCAUUAUGAGCACAGAUCAGGCCACCUCUUU